AUGGGCGCCGACCCUCCCUCUCUGGCCCAAAUCGCCCUCAACAUUACAAAAUUAAAUGCCGUCGGAAACCAGAACACCGUCCAAGGUCUGCUCAACUCGAACACCAACCCGGCCGCGAAGCCCACCCUGAGCGGCUGCAUCCAGAACUACCAGGACGCUGGCCAGCUGCUCGACGACUCUCUGAGAGCUCUCGCUUCUCAAGACUACAAGGAUGUGAUGACGUGGGUGGCGUACGCCGAGGCCGACGGUAAUAAGUGCGAGAUAGCGUUAAUUGAUCUGUAUGUCAGCUCUCCGAUCACCCCCAAGAGUGAUAAUUUUCGAAAGCUGUGCAUGAGUACAGCGGACAUUACCAGUUUCGUCGCUGACCCUUGGGGUUCUUAA